UUGUAUAUAAAGUUAAUUUCCCACACAUUUAAAAGGCAAUAAUCAGUUUCAUGAAAAUGUUUUAUUUUUUAAACAGUCAAAUAAUAUUCUAUCAUCAUAUUUUAAUGGUAAAAUAAAAAUCCACUGGUGAAUUGAGAUUUGACCAAUUCUAGGAACUGUCAGAUUUUUUGUUUUGUUUCCUGGAAAUAUAAAGUAUUUGUGAUUUAUGUCCCCCUGAUAACAGUGAUACUUUUCCCCUAAACAAAUGUCAACAAUGAGCACACUGUUAGCCACCUCAUGGUCAACGCGAAGCCUCCCAUGUCAGUGGUAAUUUCAGUUUCACCCAAGCUCUAAGUGAUUUGAAUUGUUGGAAAAGGAAAUAACCAAGUUGGGUUUUACACUUUCAAUUUUCUUUUAGGUGUCAACAUGAUGCACGGCUGAGUAUAUAACACAAGAAUGUCUGGGUCUGGACAGAAUCAGUCAGAAACCAGCUUCAACAGUCCACCAUGAAGAUGUCGCUCCUCAAGCUUUGCUUCACCCCAGCCCUGCUGCUCCUGGGGCUCAGCUGUUCUCUGUGGCAGAUCAGCCAAGCUCUGCCCAUGAAGACCACGGCACGGGUCACAGACUCCUGCGUCCUACACGCACACACACUCCUACAGAACAUCAGUGGAGCUCUCACACAGAACAAGCUGUUCAGUGGGAUUGACUGUUCGAAGCAGAGCGUGGAGCUGAACUCAGAGACAAACACGACCUUUGAUUGUACACCUACGGGUCUGACAUGCUCAGGAGACACUAAAUCCACUUUUGAUCAGGACUCAUGUCUGGACAGCAUCGUGAAGGAUUUGCACUUCUACUACCAAUUUCUCACAUCUCACCCAGACCCAGACAGUUUACUUGGACCAACAGUUCUGCUCAGCAUCAGAGAAUUAGUGAAGAAAUGCUUCACGUGGUCCACCGCAGACUUUGCCUUAACGCAGGCGGUUGAGGACCAUUCCACUACAUUUGACCAAAGACUGCGUCUCUGUAAAGUGCUGAGGGGCUUCCAGAUCCGGACCAUCACCAUCAACAGAGCCAUAGGAUACAUGCACGCCGAGGAGAACCAGAAACCAGUUCUUCAAUAAUUCCAGGAAUGUAAAUCCUGCUCUAACUACUGAAGUGACAGACGACACUUCAGUCUUCAUUUUCCUUUAAUUUUCUUAAAGGUAGAAACUUUUAUUUAACAUUGGUAGAAUGUUUUAAAUUACUUUUUCUUAAAGUGUUUUAAUAUGUAGUGUUUCA